AUGGAUCAGAAUGCAGUACAGGAGUUCCAGGAUGCAAUUGAGCAGGCCGCGACGGAUACGGUGAAAGGAAACAAACUGGGUGAUAUGAAGAGUAUAAUAAAGAUUAUGGAGAAGGUAGCAAUCAACGAGAAGAAAGAAGUGAGCAAGGACGGGAAAGAAGUAUGCAAAAACAAAGGAGAGGACUUCGAUGAUGACAAUGAUGAGUACGAGGAUGUCACGGAGGAGUUCAAAGAUGCCACGGAGCAUUUUCACGAUGCCAAAGAGACGUUCGAGGGAACCGAGGCUAAACCUGGACUGGGAGUGGAGGAUGGCGCAGAUGAUUUAGAGAACUAUCUGGCUGAGGACGAGAUGGAAGAAGAGGACGAUUUGUUGCGAGACUCUGAAACUGAGUCAAACGAGUACAUCGGCUUCCCAAGGAUACCUAUGAACAAUCUCCCACCAGACUACGUGCCAGAUGAUGGAGGUGUUAUCACGGAGCCCGAGGAUGAAGAAAGUGAUUAUGAGGAGCAUACUCCGGAGAAGGCCGCGUUGGUUCUUUGGCGUAUCGGUUUUCGCAAUCAUAAUCGAGUGAUGAGCGACAGUAUUUAUGUAGAUGAGAUUCCGACACCACCAAAGUCACGGCCGGUAACCUCGCUGAGCAGUUUUAGGAGAGGAGAGCAAGGGGAAAUCAUUGCUGAUUUCUUCCAAUUUCGACAUGAUCUGAAUGAGGAGAGCUAUAAGAACAAAUACACCAUCUUACUGGAUAACUACAGGCGGAAGUACAGAGAACGAGAGGAUAGUGCUUCAAUCAGAAGCGAGAACGAAUCCCGUGUUCAUAUGGGAACCAAUUCUGAAGUCGUGUUCCAAGGUCGAAAUAUGGCGAUGGAGCAUUUACGUGAACUUCUAGGCCAGAAACUUCGUCUCUGGGAUUCAGAAUUCACAAGCUAUCGCUCUGCGCAGGUAGGAGAGAUGGACCUGAGCAAAUGUGUUCACACUAUUACGUCCCAUAGCCUCAGAGUCACUAUGGACUCCUACCAUAAUAUUGUUGAAAUUUUGAAUCUUCAUCGCCCAGUACUUGUUACGCUCACCUUGGAAUGCUGCGAAGAGUAUCCGGGAAUCUUUGAAAUGGAGCAAGUUCGCAAGUGUCCUAUGGUGAGGCUGAAAGGACCAUGUGGACUCACCGACGAGACGCUUCUCGAUAUAGCCAAUGUACAAUUAGAAGCGAAUGUCGAAAGAGUCACAAAUCAGGGGCUUAAUACAUUUUUCCAGAUGAAACUAGCGGGCGAUAUCCCGGAUAAGCUUUACAUUAAACUUUUAAAUGGUAACUGGAAUCCACAGGAAGCAUUGAAAGAUUUGGAAUACGUGGAGUACGAAAGCGAGAAGUCCUUCCGGGAGAAGAAUGGAUACUUGCCUCCGACUAUGCGCAACCUGUUUUUGGCCAGUUUGCCCACCAAAAAUCCAGAUGUGCGUCUCGCGGUGGGGAUCUCCAACUCAGCGAUGAUUUGUUGCAAAGAAGGAUACAAACACUAA